UCUUUAUAAUUCCUGUCUUGUUCGAUCUUUGAUGAGUGGUGUCGCUGAUACCAUUUUGCAUCAGCUUUCUAAGUAGAACAUGCUUAAAAUAGUUGAAUUGGUUCACAGUUUUACAUAAAUCAAGGCACUGUGUGUAAUAUUACUUCUAGCAGCGUGGUUUUAGCUAAUGUAGCUAGCUAUUGUUCCCACGGCGACCUAGCGCUGUGCACAUGCUCAGUUUUCAUUACGUACUAGAAAAAAACUGAACGAGCGCUGAGAGUCGACGAGCGAGACGAGACACGAUGGGCCCGUCGGAGGGAGACGUGCUGCGUUAUAUGAAGUCCCCUGAAGAUUUGGGAUUUGAAGAAUAAUUUGAAGCAAGUGGCCUGAGCAUCUGCAACAUCUGUAACUUAGAGGGGCAACGAUGUUGACUUCACGUUAAAUAUGACGUGGGAGACGGUCCUUGAGUAAGGAGCCCGCAGGAGCGACCUUGAGGAAAGGCAAGCGAUUUGGCGGUUGUUUGUGUCGCUGAAGGGGACUCGUGUUGGCGGCUGGGCUGUCGAGCGAUUUGGCGGUUGUUCGUAUCGCUGAAGGGGACUCGUGUUGGCGGCUGGGCUGUCGAGCGAUUUGGCGGUUGUUCGUAUCGCUGAAGGGGACUCGUGUUGGCGGUUGUUUGUAUUGCUAAGGCGGACCUCUGUUGGCGGCUGGGCUGUCGAGCGAUUUGGCGGUUGUUCGUAUCGCUGAAGGGGACUUGUGUUGGCGGCUGGGCUGUCGAGAGAUUUGGCGGUUGUUCGUAUCGCUGAAGGGGACUCGUGUUGGCGGUUGUUCGUAUCGCUGAAGGGGACUUGUGUUGGCGGUAGUUCGUAUCGCUGAAGGGGACUCGUGUUGGCGGUUGUUUGUGUUGCUAAGGCGGACCUCUGUUGGCGGCUGGGUGGUUGAGCGUUUUGGCGGUUGUUCGUAUCGCUGAGGCAGGCCCGUGUUGGCGGCUGAGGCGGACCGGUGUUGGCGGCUGUGGCAGACCCGGGGCCCUGAGGGUGCAUGAGCGUGCUGAAGGCCGCGGGGGCCUGGAGGGCAGACGCCGGGAUUCGGAAAUGAAGGACGGAGCGCCGGAUCUGCUGGAGGAGAAGAGAGGGAGGGGGGAGGGGGGCAUGGGGGGGGGAGGAGACGCCCGGGCAGACGGAAGCGCGCGCCAAGCGGUGGAGGCGGGGGAGGGGCGGAACCCCGUCCCAGAAUGCCCGGUGUCCCCGGCGGGUGCCAAGCGACGAGCGGAGGGCACAGCGGCGGGGGGCGAGCCCGAGGUCCCCCCCGAGGACCCCCCCGGAGACUGGCUGGAGCCGCUGGAGGAUGAUGAAGAGGAGGACGACGAAGACGGCCAGAGCACCGACCCCGACGUGUCCUUGCAGGUCAACGGGAGCAAGGAGGAGGGUGCGGCCGGAGACGGGGACAGGAAGCAGACGAAGGGCUUCGGCAGUACUCCCGGCACCCCCAGGCGAAGGCGGCGGAGGACGGCGCUCGGUGAGAAGUGGCUGGACUGCCCCCUGCUGGGCGAGGGCUGGAAGCGCAGAGAGGUUUUCCGCCGUUCCGGAUUCAGCAUGGGCAAGACCGACACGUACUACAUGAGUCCCCGUGGCGAACGUGUCCGAAGUAAGAUUGAGCUGAUGAAACUCCUGGCGGGGUCUGUUGACAUCACCAACUUUGAGUACAAGUCUGGCCUGUUUCUGGAAGAGGGUUCCAUCAGACUGAGGAGAAGGCGUCCGAAGGGAGACCACGCCGCCUCCACGGAGGACGGGACGCCGUCCGAGCGCAGCUUCUCCUCGGAGAAGACGGGCACCCCUGAGCGGAGCCACACCCCCCACAGCCAGGCCGCCACCCCCCAGCGGCCUCUCCUCACGCCCCAGCAGCAGGCCGCCGCGCCGCCCCCCUCCCCGCAGUCCCCCAGCUCCUUCUGCUCCCCCCCGCGCCUGGUGCGCGCCUCCCCGCUCGCCCUCGCCGUCGCCGUGACGCCCGUCCGCCGGCCCGCCAGCGCCCCCGCCCUCCAGUUCGGGGAGUUCUCCCCCCAGCGCCUCGGCCCCCCCGACACCCCCAGCCGGGAGCUCCUCUUCCCUCGGCUGUCCCCGGCCUGCCUGGACUCCUCCCUCGCCCCCCUCGGCCCCGCCCUCAGCCCCGAAAGAGACCCCCGCCCCGCCUUGGACAACCUCAAGUCCUCCCCCGCCUUCUCGCUGCCAGUGUCCAAGCACUCCCCGCGAUCCCUGCCCAUCUCGCACUCCCUAGACCCCAACUCGCCGUCCAAUGGGGAGGAAGGGCCUAUCAGCUACGCUGGAUCGGCUGGACCGCUCGUGUAUGGCUGUUCCAAGUGUGGCUCCUCGUACCCAGGCAUGGUGUUCAGGAGACCUGACCAGAAAUCCUACUGUCCAAAAUGCACACCCGAGAAGAAGCUGGAAGCCCCCCGAAACAUCGUCUUCAGGAAGUGGCUGCCGUGCGGGCAGUGCCGGGCGUGCCAGGUCACAGCGGACUGUGGCACGUGCGCCAGCUGCCGGCACGGCCUGUUAAACCCCGCCUCCCUGAAACCCGUCCGCUGCCGCCGGAGGAAGUGCCUCUGUCCGAUCCGCAAGGACGGCCAAGGCCAGUGGGUGCUUGGGAGGGCUUCGGACACGAAGGAACAAGUCACAACCACGCCGAAAAAGACAGAUAAAUUGUCAAAGUUUGGGAGGAAACUCAAAUUGACGAAAUUAAAGAGGCAAAUUGCUGAGGAUGUGACGAGAAAGCCCAGGGCUCGGCGCCUGGAGUAUGGCCAGACUAAGCGCUUUAAGAAGCCGUAUGCCGUUCCCCAGUACAGCGACACGGAAGACUACCCCGGAUAUUACGAUGAUAACGACGACAUGGACAACGGGCCGAAGAAGCGCAGCCGGCGCGCCUGCGGGAGAUGCGACGCCUGCCUGCGCACGACGGACUGCGGCCGCUGCGACUUCUGCAUGGACAAGCCCAAGUUCGGCGGGCGCAACAAGAAGAGGCAGAAGUGCCGCCUGCGCCAGUGCCAGAGUCACGCCAUGAGGCACUUGCUGCCCUUUCAGAUGGGUAAAUCUGGGGCCAGGCGACUCAUGCCCAAAUCGGGCCGGGACAAGUACUGGAGCAGGCGGGUGCAGUCGUCCCAGCGGCUGUCGUGGGAGGACAUGGAGCUGACCAACGACGAGGACGAGGAAGGCUACAUCGGGACGCUGCGGCCGGGUCUGUACGACCUGGACAAGGACCAGGAGGACCAGGAGGGCCUGGGGGACGCCGACGGGGACGUGGCGACCGCGGUCUCACAGAUGAACUCUGUGCUGCACUGUGACCCCAGCAAUGGCGCGCUGGUCUCCGAGGAGCUCUACGUCAGCAGCUACCCCCUCGCCAUCCAGGACCACUUUCAAACGGACAGGACCAAACUCAAGAUGGCGAACGCGGGCCGCUCGCCGGCCGUCUAUGACACGGGCUUGCCCCUCCCUCCUCCGGACCCGGAGGUUCUGUACAGCCAGGCCGGCCUGCCGGGCCAGUACAGGAACAUUCCGGAGCUCCUGAGCAGUUCUGGGACGGGCGGCGGCGACAAUGCGCUGGUCCUGAGGGGGGACGUGGAGGUCGUGGAGGUGGAUUCUGGGGAGCGAGGGGAACCUGAGUCCACCCCUGUGAUCACGCAGAUCUUCAGCCUGGCGGCAGGGGCGCCGGCGGUGAGCGAGGCGGAGCGGGAGCUGCUGCGGCUGCUGGAGGCGCUGCGGCGGACGGUGCUGCCGGCGCACUGGGUGGGGCUGAUGGUGGAGGGCCCGCGGCUGCAGCUGCUGCAGUGCUCCAAGCUGUCCACCAUGGCCGACACCGUGCUGCAGGUGGAGCCGGGCUUCUUCUACCGCGUGAGCGUGCAGGGCCAGCCGCUGCUGCUCACGCACCCGCUGUACGAGGCGCACCCGCCCCGCCUGGCCCGCGCCGAGCUGGUGGUGUCCGUGCUGCUGGACCUGGAGCGCUACACCGUGUGCCAGGGCUACCCGUCCUGCGUGCCGCGGCCCGACCGCCAGCCCGUGCUGUACGUGCGCGCCGCCGCCUGCGGCCUGCUGGUGCUGCAGUCCGAGGAGCGCUGCGACAAGUGCGACAUCACCCAGCUGGUGGUGUGA